GGAGCAUAUUGCUAGGGCUGCAUUUUCAAUAUAAAUUGGUGGAUUCCUGCUGUGUUCUGUACAAGCAAAGCCUGUGAGAUCACCAGAAUCAUAUUAAUCAACUCUUUGAAUCACAAAACAUAAGCUACACUGGCACAGAUACAAUAUCUUGUCUACAAUAUAUCUCCAGAAUGGCAACCUACCUCGUCACUCAAGCCACCGGCCAGCAGAGCCGUUCAGUCAUUUCACACCUCCUUGCGGCGGGUUUUAGGAUCCACGCAGUGGUGCGAGACCUUCAAAAAGUCCCCCCGAGCCUACAGGACUCGAACAUCAUCCUUUUCCAGGGGGAGAGCAAGAACUACGAGGACAUCUUCAAAGCAGCCCAAGGCUAUAAGGGGGCCUUCUUGAACACCUUCCCCUACCCAGGGCUGGAGGCUUUGCAGGCCAAGACCAUCGUUGAGGCCUGUCAGAAGGCCGGCGUCGAUAGGAUCGUAGCAUCCACAACCCACGGAGCUGGCAGCAAAGCCUUUUGGGAUGACGAGGCGACCAAGGAAAUCAAUCUCCAUGACUACUAUUCCUCCAAAGCAACAGUGGAGGAGAUCGUCCGAGCUGGCGGGUUUCAAGCCUACACUAUUCUCCGUCCGGCAGUCCUCCACUUCGACUUCUUUGUGCCGGGUGCCUACGGGAACUUUCCCCGCCUUCCCAGCGACGGAGAGCUAGACCACCUGCUCGAAGACGGGGCCCGGCUGCCUUUUACUGACGCAAACGACAUCGGCAAGUACGCGGCAGCGGCUUUGCAGGACCCGGUCAAAUUCGGCGGCGAGGAGAUCGAUCUUGGGAAUGAGCUCCUCACCGCCGAGGAAGUUCGCGACAUUCUUAUCCGAGUCAGUGGGAGACAGGUGCGCGCGACGAAGCGGACUCCGAAAGAGGUGGAGGAGAUGGGCAUCGCAGUGUUCGGUCAGGCGUUCCAUCUUAUGUCGAACAUUAAGGAUCUGAGUUGGACUAAGGCAUGUGCCAAGGAGACCCAGGAGAAAUUUGGAAUUACGUUCACUUCAAUUGAGGAAGCGCUGCAGAGGGACAAGACUCUUCUUUUGGAUUGUCUGCCAGCCUGAAGGGCCUCCUAAAACCAAAUUUUUAUUUGUCAUCAGGAAGAAGGUGUGUGAGUGUUUAUUUGUAUGAUGUGGGUAGUCUGGGAUCGUGUCAGAAUGUAGCACGAGUACUUUUUGCUUUGAUGACAGACAGUGAGAUAUGGCACUUCGUGGGUUAAUAUGUCAUGUAUUCGAAUCUUCAUCCCAAAUUUGGUGAAUUUUG